UUCGGGUGUGACAGACUCGUAUAUAAUAAAUACAAGAAAAUACAUAUCAUAUAAUUAUACCUACGUAUUUUAUAAAGACAAUGACAGCAACCAGUAUCCAAAACGAGGGUACGUGCAGUGAAGUUUAUAAACAAUUGGACAAAUUCGGCAAAUUUCAAGUGUACCAAUAUAUUUUAAUAUGUUUGCCUUUAAUGAUGGUUUCUAUGAUCCAUGUGAAUUAUAUCUUCGUAGCAGAAGAAGUUAAUCACAGGUGUCGCGUUCCAGAAUGUGAAGACGUCAAUCCAACUGUGGAAAUACCGACGUGGUGGCCGAAAGACGUGAACGCAAAAUGCUUUAGACCCGUUGUAGACAUGAGAAAAUAUCAUAUAGCGAACGAUACAUGUUCGAAUAACACGUUUCUUGAAGUAUUAGAAGAAUGUCACGAUUGGGUUUUUGAAAAUGAUAAUUCGAUAGUAGCUGCGUUGAACUUGGGAUGUGAAUCAUGGAAAUCAACCCUAGUUGGAUUCAUUCACAACGCAGGAAUGAUCGUAUCAAUGAUGUUGACUGGCUGGAUAGCUGAUAAGAUAGGCAGAAAACCCACUAUCAUCAUGUGUUCGAUUGGCGGUGCAGUAGGCUUAUGCAAAAUAUUUAUUACCAACUACUAUGCGUAUCUUGGCGUUGAAUUUCUGGAGUCCGUGCUGGCGUCUGGACUGUAUACCGUGGCUGUGGUUUUGUUGAUUGAAGUCGGUGGUGAAAGCAAAAGAGUUACUGCUGGUGUUAUUUUCUCGUACGCUGUGUAUAUUGGAGAAGUAUGCUUCGCUUUUAUCGCAUUGGGAUUGAAAUAUUGGAAAUUACUUAUUAUUGUAGUAUAUGCGCCAAUGAUUCUCUUCAUUGUAUACAUGCUCAUUCUCCGAGAAAGUACUAGAUGGCAGAUGCUAAGAGGAAAAAUGGAUGAAUCUAAAGAAACACUGAAGAUGAUUUCAAAAAUGAAUAAAUUGCAAGUUUCUGAAAAAGAAAUAAGUGAAAUGAGCGAUGAAGAUUUAAGAUUCCAAUUCAACGUCGUGAUACAGAAAGAGAAGGAAACAAUGAAGGAUAUAUUAGCGUCGAAAGAGAUAAUGAUACGUUUGGCAGUUACAUCGUUUUGUUUCUUCGCGUCUAGUUUUGUCUACUAUGGAUUAGCUGUUCAUUCCGUUUUAUUGCCGGGCAAUAAAUACACAAAUUUUAUUCUGGCGUCUAUUUCUUCAUUUCCUGGAGAUUUAAUUGCGUUGUAUACGUUCAAUAAAUAUGGAAGAAAAAUCUCACUGCAAUUUGGUUAUGUUUGUUCUGCAUUUUUCCUGAUAGUGCAGUCGUAUUCUCCUGAUUCAAUAAUGUGGUUAAAAAUUGUUUUAUUCCUUUGCGGAAAGCUCGGCGUUGUCGUAUGUUUUACUGGAAUCUAUACAUACACGUUGGAAUUGUUUCCUACGAGUGUCCGCGGAACCCUAAUUGGAUGUGGCAACACAGCCGCAAGAUUCGGAAGCAUGUUGGCGCCAUUAACUCCUCUAUUAACAACCGAAUUUUCCGCAUUGCCGGCCAUCUUGUUCUCGUCUGUAGCCUUAAUCGCAGCCGCACUACUCACUUUUACUCCAGAAACGAAGACGUUACCAAUGUUCGACACAAUAGCACAAGUGGAGGCCAACAAAGCAAAAAUAAUGACGCAUUUAUGAACAGUAUCCUUCGUGUAGAUUAAAAAAAUAUGUUAAACGGUUAUAAGCAUUAAGCACAGUUAUUUUGACAUUUAAAAGCUUACCUUCGUCAAAAAGACUGACGUCCGGGCCUUGAUAAUAUUUUUAUUGUACUUUGAAUUUUGAUUCUAAGUUUGAUUCUUAAACGCUCGCUUAAACGUUUUGUCACACCCCGGACACUCCAUACAAAAUUAUAGUUUUGACAGUCACACUGUAGAGACUGCAAAUGUGUGUGUAAACUCUUUAUGGUUGGCACAUUUGUGA